GCCUCAGGUGGAGAGGGGCGAGUUGGGAUACACUGUCCCUUGCCCUUUCCCUCCUUGGGCUGAAGCAGACUCCGCGGGAGCGAGGGUCGCGGAGCUGGGUGGCUGAGUCAGCGGAAAUGUCCCUCCAGGCGUGAAGUGUCGGGCUCGGCUGGCGCUUGCGGGAGCUGAGGUCUCCUUACUGGGGGAUUUCAGUUUCGACGUAGUUUUGGAUCCAGACUUGAAGAAUGAUUCGUGAAGGGAAUGGUUGACAGCGUCAUCACGGCAUUUUAUUGAGAGACCAUGGAUUCUUAUGAUGCACCAGAAUCGACUCCUAGACAGUGUGCAUCCUCAAGGCUUAAAGAUUACUUUAUAGGUGCCACCCCUCUUCAAAAACGAUUAGAAUCAGUCAGGAAGCAAACUUCAUUUAUCCCGACUCCACCUCGAAGGAAAAUUCCCCAGUGUUCACAACUGCAGGAAGAUGUUGAUCCUCAAAAGUUUGCAUUCCUUCUGCAUAAACAAUGGACUUUAUAUAGUUUAACUCCCUUAUAUAAAUUCUCCUAUACUAAUUUCAAAGAGUAUUCUAAACUUCUGAAUGCAUUUAUUGCUGCUGAAAAGCAAAAAGGACUUGCUGUGGAAGUGGGAGAUGACUUCAACAUCAAAGUGAUUUUCUCUACUCUCCUGGGAAUGAAAGGAACACAGAGAGACCCUGAAGCAUUUCUUGUCCAGAUUCUGUCAAAAUCUCAAUUGCCAUCUGAGCACAGAGAAGGUAAAGUGUUGUGGACUGGUUGGUUCUGCUGUAUAUUUGGAGACAGUCUUCUGGAGACGGUUUCAGAAGAUUUCACCUGUCUACCCUUAUUCCUUGCAAAUGGUGCAGAGACUAAUACAGCCAUAAUUGGAACCUGGUUUCAGAAAACUUUUGACUGUUAUUUCCGUCCCUUAGCAAUCAAUGCGUUUAAUCUUUCCUGGAUGGCUGCUAUGUGGACUGCAUGCAAAAUGGACCAUUAUAUGGCUACUACUGAAUUUCUUUGGUCUGUACCCUGUAGCCCUCAAAGUCUGGAUAUUUCUUAUGCCAUACAUCCAGAAGAUGCAAAAGCUUUGUGGGACAGUGUUCACAAAACACCUGGGGAAGUUACCCAGGAGGAAGUUGACUUAUUCAUGGACUGCCUGUAUUCACAUUUCCAUAGGCAUUUCAAAAUUCAUUUAUCAGCCACAAGAUUGGUUCGUGUUUCAACAUCUGUAGCUUCAGCACAUACUGAUGGAAAAAUAAAGAUUUUGUGUCAUAAAUACCUUAUUGGAGUGUUGGCAUAUUUGACAGAACUGGCAAUUUUUCAAAUUGAGUGAGGCCUUGUGGGGAUUAUAAGUUAUGGAUUAUAUACCUUUUUCUCAUUGACUAUCUGCCUAAUUGCUAUGCUGAGGGGGACUGCAGGAGAAAUGGGCAUCUGUGCAUCUGUUUUCCUCGCAGUGCCUUGGAGUUACCCAGAUGAAAGCCAAGAAGGAUCUAGAAGAACAAAGAAGGUGGUAGUGGAUGAACCACAGCCAGGUGCUCGUGUAGUAUAGUCCUGGUCAUCUGGGAUGCCAGUCUCUAGAAUAUGCCAAGUUAUUAAUUUGUUGGCCAUCUUU